GGACAGACUUAGGGAGGGUUACGAAGAUGGCGACGCCGGGGAUUCUUUGGGAGGCUGUCCGAGCAUGGAACGUCAGGAGCUGGCUCCAGACCGGCCGUGCUUUUUUUUCGUCAACCAUCCUUACAAGAGCUUCUGUGGGGGAAAUUGGAAAAUGGGAAAAGAAGAACAGAAGAGUUUAUCCUCCUCAGCUGCCAGAAGAACCUCGAAGACCUGCGGUAGUUUACCACUGUCGAAGAAAUAUUAAAUACAGCAAGGACAAAAUGUGGUACCUAGCAAAACUGGUAAAGGGAAUGCCCAUUGAUCAGGCAUUAGCUCAGUUAGAAUUCAAUGAUAAAAAGGGAGCAAAGGUGAUCAAAGAGGUCCUUCUAGAAGCUCAAGAAAUGGCAGUGAAAACGUAUAAUGUAGAAUUUAAAUCCAACAUGCACAUUGCUGAAUCCUUCUCUGGAAAAGGUCCAUAUCUGAAAAGGAUCCGCUACCAUGGCAAAGGCUUUUUUGGCAUUAUGGACAAAGUCAAGUGUCAUUACUUUGUGAAAUUAGUAGAAGGCCCACCUCCACCUCCAGAGCCACCCAAGACUGGGUUUGAUCAAGCAAAGGAGUAUGUUCAGCAGCUUCGUAACCGAACCAUUACUAAUACACUGUAAUGAUUUCUGCACUGUAAAUUUCUUCCUGAUUUAUAAACAUGUAAAUAAAAAGUACUUUUAAAGAAGA